AUGAUCUUGAAAUAUGCAAACGAGGGUAAUUUACGUGAUUACUUAAAAAGUAAAAAAAAAUCUCUUAAAUGGGAGGAUAAACAUCGAAUGUGCUUUGAGAUUGCUAAAGGAUUACGUUGUUUACAUUCUGAGGAAAUCAUUCAUAAAGAUUUACAUUCGAAGAAUAUUUUAAUUGACAAUGGUAGAAUGAUGAUCGCAGAUCUCGGUCUUUCUCGAAGACUAGAUGAAACAUUAUCAACAUCAGGGCAUCGUGGAAUAUGUAAAGAUCAUAAUCCGGAUCAACGUCCGGAUAUUGAAGAAAUAAUUGAAAUUUUAGAAAAAAUAAUUCCUUCUCGAUCACAAGAAAUUCCAAACAUUGAAGAAUCUUUGGUUUCUGACGAAGAUGAAAAACCAUAUACUGAAAGUCAUUCCAAUAGUAAUAGUCAAUUACAUUUACCAGAUAAAUUAAUUAAAUUAUAUGAAGAUCAUAUUAAAAUAGGUUCCAAUAAAACGGAAAAAAAAUAUUCGAAAUGGAUUAAAAAUCAUUCAUUAGAAAGUUUAGAAAUCAUGUUUAAUUACCUUAAAGAUAAUAAAGAUUUCCCUCGAAGGGAAUUAUUAAUUGGACAAUUUUAUGAGAAUGGUUUUGGAAUUACCGGAAAUAGUAAAGAAGCUUUUAAAUAUUUUAAGAAAGCUAGUAGUAAAAAAGGUGAUACGAUAGGACAUUAUAAAGUUGGAUAUUGUUAUUAUAAAGAUUUUGCGGGAUUAACGGGUAUAGCGAAUUAUAUGUUGGGAGUAAUGUAUGCUAAUGGGCAUGGUAUAGAUAAAGAUAUUUCCGAAGCAUUUAGACUUUUUAAAGAAGCUGCGAAAUCUGGUUAUGUACCAGCUCAAUAUUGGUUGGCGGAUUUUUAUUAUGAAGGGACUGGAACGGAAAAAAAUUCAGAAAAAGCUCAAAAGUGGUAUCAAAAAUGUUAUGAUAAUGGAGAUUAUAAAGAUGCAGGAGAAAAAAUUGAUUCUUUACGUAACAUCGGAUGA